CGUUCCUCCCGCAGGUGCACUGGGUGGAGCAGCAGGUGGAGAAACGGCGUGUGAAGAGGGACGGCAGCGCGGAGGACGUCGCAGGGGCCCACGCGAGGCAGCCACGGCAAUUCGGCGAUUUUUCGAGGUUCUUCUUCUCCCCGACCGCCGCGCCGUCGAGGAGGGGGUCAAGCCGCUUCCCGGACCCGCUCUACUCGCAGCAGUGGUACCUGUCUGAGGGCGCGAUCGGCGGCUACGACAUGAACGUGGGUCCGGCGUGGGCGCGAGGCUACACCGGCAAGGGCGUGGUCAUCUCCAUCCUGGACGACGGCAUCCAGCGGAACCACCCGGACAUCGCGCAAAACUACGACCCCCAGGCGUCGACGGACAUCAACGACAACGACCCCGACCCGAUGCCGCGCGACAACGGCGACAACCGCCACGGAACGCGCUGCGCCGGAGAGGUCGCGGCCGUCGCCUUGCGUGCGCAUGCUGGACGGCACCGUGAACGACGCGGUGGAGGCGCGGGCCAUCUCGCUCAACCCUUCCCACAUCGACAUCUACUCGGCGUCGUGGGGGCCCGAGGACGACGGCAAGACGGUGGACGGGCCCGGACCCCUGGCCAAGAGGGCCUUCAUCAACGGCGUCAUCAAGGGUCGCCACGGCAAAGGGUCUAUCUUCGUGUGGGCUUCAGGCAACGGCGGGAGACACACAGACAACUGCAACUGCGACGGAUACACCAAUUCCAUUUUCACUCUCUCCAUUUCGUCCGCGUCGCAAAGAGGGUACAAGCCAUGGUAUCUUGAGGAAUGUUCAUCAACUUUAGCCACAACGUAUAGCUCUGGCACCCCAGGCCUAGAUCGCAGCGUUGCCACAGUCGACAUGGAUGGCAACCUGAGAUCGGAACACAUUUGCACGGUGGAACACACAGGUACAAGCGCCUCGGCCCCCCUCGCAGCUGGAGUGUGCGCCCUGGGUCUCGAAGCCAACCCUGACCUGACCUGGCGUGACAUGCAACACCUGGUGGUCAUGUCAUCACGCUACGAACCGCUCAGCCAGGAGGAUGGCUGGUUUGUGAAUGGCGUCGGGCGAAGAGUGAGUCACAAAUUCGGCUACGGUUUGAUGGAUGCCGGCAAGCUGGUGGAGCUAGCAGAAAAGUGGACAACAGUUCCCCCUCAGCACGUGUGUCAGAGCGUGAAGGAUAGAACUAAGCAGACAAUACCAACCAUUACGGGAGAGUCUGUGGUUGCUGAAAUCACUACAGAUGGAUGUGCUGGAACUUCAGCUGAAGUACGGUACUUGGAGCAUGUGCAAGCAAGAGUGUCCUUGCGCUUCCUGCCCAGAGGAAAUAUCAAUAUUAGGCUUGUGUCUCCCUCAGGGACAACAUCCACACUUCUCUUUGAGAGACCUCGAGAUGUCUACUCAGAGAAGUUUGAUGACUGGCCCUUCUUGUCUGUCCACUUCUGGGGAGAGAAAGCAGCUGGAACUUGGAGGCUUAUUGUGACCAAUGCUGGAACAAGACAAGUUCAUCACCCAGGUGUCUUGACGCAGUGGCAGCUCAUCCUUCAUGGCACGAGAGAGCCACCCGGCCGCCUUCGAUCCGAGCAACCCCAGGGGUCAGAUUCCUUUUCCUUCCCCCAGGCCCGUCCCACCCAGUCCUCCUCAGCACCCCUCUUCCCCUCUCGAAGACCCUCUCACAGUCCUUUGACCAUCAGUAUUUUAGACCAGAUCCUCGCAGGGUCAACUCCAGAUGCCACAUACGCCACAGCUGAUGGGAAAAUUAUACCUGGGCCCAACCAAGUGCCUGCAGCCGAGAAUAGUGACAAUGCUGAUAAUAAGUUUUUUGAGUCAGAGGUGUGCCACAGCCAGUGUAUUGGGGGCUGCUCUGGGCCGGGACCUGAUAAGUGUAAAGCCUGUCAUCAUUAUAGUCUUGAAGGUGAAUGUGUUGGUAGUUGUCCUGAAGGAACUUAUGGGUCAGAGGAUAGGGAAUGCCUGGGUUGCGAUUCAUCCUGUGCUCUGUGCAGUGGACCAGCUCAGAACCAGUGCGUAGCUUGUCAUCCUAGCACGUUAUAUGUUCUCCAUCUUGGGAUCUGUGUUGAAACUUGCCCAGAGGGAUAUUAUCCAGUGAAUGGAACCUGUGUAAACUGUGGGGGUCACUGCAAUGAGUGUACUGGUCUAGGACAGUGUAACAGAUGUAGCCAUAAUCUCUUGCUCAGUAAUGGGACCUGCACAACAAGAUGUCCUGAUGGCUACUUUGAGACCGACAACAAUUCAUGUGGAUCUUGUUAUCCACAGUGCCUGACUUGUGUUGGAGGCACCAACGCAGAUUGCGCUGCCUGUAGACCUAACUCCUUCCUUCAUCGUGGGAAAUGCGUUUAUCGUUGUCCUAAAGGAACAUAUGGUGAUGUAACAACACAAGAAUGCCUGCCUUGCCCCUCUGGCUGUGCAAGUUGUACCAGUGACUCCUGCACCUCCUGCAUUGAAGGCUGGAGGACCAAGUCUGGCCGUUGUGUUGCUCGAUCCAACCAUUGUCACCUCAAUGAGUACGCCAGCCCCUCUGGCACAUGUGAGGCAUGCCAUUCAUCAUGCCUAGCCUGUAUUGGCACCAGGGAGGACCAGUGCCUACAUUGUGCACAACAACGGUUCCUGAUGAAUUCCCAGUGUGUCCAGACCUGUCCCAGUGGUUUCUUUGCCCAGCGUGGCCGUUGUUUGCCCUGCGCUCACGGCUGUGAGACCUGUUCCUCGUAUUCCUCGUGCUCCUCCUGUUCACCGCGAUUCUACCUGCAUGUGGAUCAGUGUAUUGCCUCCUGCCCUGAUGGAACCUACAGUGACAGAGGAGUUUGUUCUUCAUGUGAUGCCUCCUGUAAGACGUGCUAUGGGCCCAGCAUUGACCAGUGUGCGUCGUGCCAGAAUGGAUCCUUCCUGCUUGACGGUACUUGUCACCAGACCUGUCCAGAAUCCCAUUAUCCUCAAGAGAGUGAAUGUCUACCAUGUUACCACAACUGCAAGACAUGUAGAGGCUCGGGUCUAAACGACUGCACCUCCUGCCGUGACUACCUCACCCUUGAUGGCGGUAUGUGCAUUGAGUGCCGCUCAGGCAGAUACUAUAACCUCUCCACUCAGAGGUGUGAGGCAUGCAACCCAUCCUGCUUGACCUGCUCAUCAGGAGGGGAGAGCAGCUGCACCUCCUGCCAGUCACCCAAAUCCCUUCACACAGCCUCAGGCACAUGCCGCAUCUGCUGUCCACCGGGCAUCUUCGAGGAGGAACAUAACACCUGCUGCUCUUGUGAUCCCUUAACAGCCAAAUGUUAUGGAGCAGUGUCUGCUGACAAGAGAAGAAUUGCCUUAAGCUUGAAGACUGCUCUCAAUCAAACACCUCCCGUAGAGGCAUAUUUCUCCUCUGUCACAAACUUAGUGGUUGUUAUUUGUUCUGUGAAUUUGUUAAUAUUUGGUGCUGUUUUCACUGUGCUUCAGGCCAGAUCAACAGGUUCCCUUUGCUGGAGAAGUGACUAUGACUACAGUGCCCUCAAGAAUGGGAGUAUGUCUGAACGCGUUUCGCUCACUCUUACCCCAUACACGGAGGAGGACUCAGAGGAUGAGAGAGAGAAUGAACUACUAUACAUGAAAACUUAAGGUGGCCUUCCUCUAGAGGAGAGAGUGAACUAUGGUGCAAAACGAGACAGAAAGAAAAAUUGUUUGCAAGGAGAAAUGCUUUAUGGGAAUAUGCUCAGAACCAGCAGCAAAGUGACGCUACUGAUAGUCUCGGCUCAUAGUUAGAGAAAUACUUAAUUGAUCCUCAGGUCAAAGUUCGUGGAGGAGUGGGAGAAGCAGAAGUAAUGCAUAGGUCUUGAAUGUGAGAUGUUUGGGAAAUAAUGUAGAGGUAUUUGGGCACCAUGACUAUAAAGAAAACAAUGUUGUGUAAUGAUAUAUUGGUACAGCAAAGAAAAAAGAAAAUUGGAAAUGACAUACAAAAACGAUGGCAAACAUAUCACACAUAUAAAUUUAUUUAUGGUUAUAGCUUUUAAUAUUUGAAUAUUUAAAUUCUGAGGUAAGCUUGUUGCUCAUUUCACACAGUCUAAUAGUCAAAGAAAAAGAAAAAAAAACAAAUUGAGGAUUUAUAGCCAUAUAUUUUACUUUAUUGUUGACCCUUAAAAGAUGUCCCGUUUCUCCCUGAUUGAUUAUUAAUUUCCUUAUGUAGAGUACCUCUCAGAAUGUGUUUUAGCUGCACCUUUUUGUAGG